GAUUAGGACAGCGGCACAGCUUUCCGUCCCAACUGCCUGGCUGGCUGGCUGUGUGUGUACCUAUAGCCCCCUCUCCCUGGCUCUCACACACACACACCACGCACACACACUCCCUCACAGCAAUACACACGCAGAGCCGAUCAGUGCAGGCAGCGCAGAGCCUGGUAAUUGUAGUGCUCCCUUCAAGCGGAAGGAAGGACCAAGAGAGAGGAAGACCGGAAAAAGAAGAGGAGGAGAGAGAGGAGAGAUAUAAAAACUUUGAAUUUUUUUUUUAAAUUUUCUUGUUUUUUCUCUGGAGGAGGUUGACAUGACUAUGACCCGGUAUCGCCGAUGGAUUCGGUAGGACACCCGUUAUCUGAGUGUUUUUUAAUGCACUCUGAACAAGAAAUGAACUUAUCGAAGGGGCCAUUGGUGAACAGCAGCAGUGACGAUAACUCCAAGUCAACCUAUAGUAAAUGCGGCGCUGGCGCCUGGAGGAUGCACCAGAGCUACGAUCCACUGGAGGCCAACCACAUGAGAGACGCACAUGCCCUCUACAACCCCAGGCUUCUCUGCAGAAUGUCCAGUAAGGAGCGCCACCUUGAGUCCAACUGUCCGUCCUCCUAUAUAAAGACUGAGCCGUCUAGUCCAGCCUCCCUGACUGACAGCCUAAACCAUCACUCCCCUGGUGGCUCCAGUGACGCCUCAGGCUCCUAUUCGUCCACGAUGAACGGCCACCCCAACGGCUUAGAGUCCCCUAGCCUUUACGGCUCCAACGCAGGGCCCCUGGGUCCUGCUGGAGGCCCCGGAUCAAAACGUUACGAGGACUGUUCGUCAACUAUUGGGGAAGAUUCACAGAUUAAGUGCGAGUACAUGUUGAAUUCGAUGCCCAAGAGGCUGUGUCUGGUGUGUGGGGACAUUGCGUCAGGGUACCACUAUGGAGUGGCAUCCUGUGAGGCCUGUAAGGCCUUCUUCAAACGCACCAUCCAAGGUUUACAUACAGGCAACAUAGAGUACAGCUGUCCAGCCACCAACGAGUGUGAGAUCACCAAGAGGAGACGCAAGUCGUGCCAGGCCUGCCGCUUCAUGAAGUGUCUGACUGUGGGCAUGCUGAGGGAGGGUAAGGGAAAAGGUGUUCGUCUCGACAGGGUUCGUGGCGGGAGACAGAAGUAUAAACGCCGGAUAGAUGCCGACAACAGUCCUUACCUGAACCCACAGCUGGCUCUGCCUCCCAAGAAGCCAUUUGCCUUUGGCUGCCUUGCAGAUAACAAAAUCGUCUCUCACCUGCUGGUGGCCGAGCCAGAGAAGAUUUACGCCAUGCCUGACCCAACAGUACCAGACAGCGACAUCAAGGCCCUGACUACGCUGUGUGACCUGGCGGACAGAGAACUAGUAGUCAACAUUGGCUGGGCCAAACAUAUCCCAGGUUUCUCUACGCUGUCUUUGGCCGACCAGAUGAGUUUACUGCAGAGUGCAUGGAUGGAGAUCUUGAUCCUACGUGUUGUGUACCGCUCACUGUCCUUUGAAGACAAGUUGGUGUAUGCCGAGGACUACAUAAUGGACGAGGACCAGUCAAAGCUUGCUGGACUUCUGGACCUGAACAAUGCCAUCCUUCAGCUGGUCAAGAAAUACAAGACUAUGAAGCUAGAGAAGGAGGAAUUUGUCGCUCUCAAGGCCAUCGCUUUGGCUAACUCAGACUCCAUGCACAUUGAAGACGUGGAUGCAGUGCAAAAGCUCCAGGAUGUGCUCCACGAGGCCCUGCAGGACUAUGAGGCUGCCCAGCACCAGGAGGAUCCCCGCCGGGCAGGCAAGCUGCUCAUGACCCUCCCCUUGCUCCGCCAGACCUCCACCAAGGCUGUGCAACACUUCUACAGCAUCAAGCAGGACGGCAAAGUCCCAAUGCACAAACUCUUCUUGGAGCUGCUGGAAGCCAAGGUCUGAGGACGGAGAAAAGGACAGCUAGAUGCCAGUCUGAAUCUCACUUUGAUUGACCUCUUGCUCUUUUACGCGCACAGUCUCACACACACAUGCACACACACACAUGCACACACACACACACACACACAUAAAUAUGUCCCUGAAGUGCGUCUGCUGACACAUACCCGUAUGAAUCAACAAGUAAUCUAAACCUCUUACCUGAACCCCAUAACCUCCACCGUCUAUGACAACCGGGCACUCACUUGACCUUUUGUUUUUUGGGGAAGAUGCUGACAGACUGGCAUGACCUGCAUCUUACCAAGGGAAGAAGAUAUUUCCUUUGAAAACUAUUAACAAUCACUCAACCGUUACCACAGUGGCUCCGAACAUUGAAGAUGGCAAAACACUUAUGCAUUUAAUAACAAUUAAGAUGUUAUUAAAGAAAAACGCUUAAAUGAGGACACAUUUAAAAAAAAACUGAAAACUCUUCAUUUUAGUUCUGAGAGACUUUAAGACUGCACUCGUGUCUCCUUUUCCCUCGUUAUUUCCCCCGGCAGAGUUUUUUAAGUGUUCAAGAAUAAAACGAGUGGAGAGAAAAGGGAACACUAAAGAAGUAUUAAUGACAUGUACAAUGAAAUUUUGAUGGAUGGACAGAAAGAAAAGAAGAGGAGAUUUGCCCUGCCAAAGAAUGGAGCUCAUCCAUUCAGAGGAUACCAGUAAACUGACAUAACCCCAAACCGUUUCUGGAUUGAUCUACCGGUGGCUUUCAAUGCUGGGCCUCAAGAGUGCUGCUGGUUUUCUUUUCCAUCACUUAUUUAAUAAUCUUUUUGGUUAUUGUGAAAACCAGCAGGGCCAGGACCAGAGUUGGAAACCAUUGCUGUAAACACUUUCUGGUUCUCCCUAAAUUCAGUUCCUGGUUUCCCAUGACUACUUCAACUGAAACUUUACUUUUUACUUGUUGUAUUUGUUGAGGACCAGUGACCCUGGCCUCCCAAACCUGUCAGUAUAACCAUAGAAUUAGUGUUUGAACACUUGACGUGGCUGAAAUGAAUGUUUCCAAAUAUUCAAACCACCUGAGGUGUGAUUGACUGGCAGAGUUUAUAAGUCAAAAUAUUACUUAAACGAAAUAAGACUUGACCUAUACUGUCAAGGAUGAAUUCCUGCUUGUCCAACUGGUAGAUGUAGGCUCAGUCCACGUUCUCUGCAUUUAUUCUGUCAUACACUCCUCUUGUGUUUGGACGUCUGUUUGAAACCUUUUCAGCCGCUCAGUGGCCCAGGUUUGUAGCUCUCCACACAAAAGUCAGUAGAGAUUUCAGUCCAGCCCGUGCUCAUUACCCAAACUCCAAAAAACUGCAAAGUGUCACUUCAGUACUACCCUCCUUGCUCCGUCGCAUUCACAACUUCUAGCUCAUCUCUUGCGUCAGCACAGAGAUAUUUUUGUGAUUCAUUCAGGGAGUGAUGGAGGCGCUUCAGUCACUCAACGCAAUAUAAACCAGAAGGAAAGGUGUGCUGACAAAACUGAGUGAAGAACUACUACUUUUGCUUUCAAACUCCUUAUUUUUUUCUUUAUUUCUAUCUUGAAAAUAAUGUUAGCAAUGAUACCAGUAUUAGGGAUGUAAAUAACUGUCAUCCUGUAUAUGACAUAUAACAUGGCUUUUUUUGUUAUUAAUAUUGUCUUCUUAAAAUUGAAUCAAUCAAUAGGUCUUUGCUUUUUUCUAUCAGCUUGACCACUAUCAGCAAUUAUCAUAUAUAUAUAUAUAUAAAUAUAGCAAGUAAUGUAUUAACAAAUCAGCGUUUAUCUUAGAAAACUCUGAGCAAUAGUGGAUUUUAAAGGAGGGGUUUGUGCAUAAGGACUAAGUCUGCAAUAUUAACAUAACGUGCCAGUCUUUAUUUUGGGAAAGAGGAUGGGGAUUCGAGGACAGUUUGUAGCUUCUCUUUCUCUCUGUGUAACUUGCCAUAAGCUAUUAGAUAACAAGUCAAUAUUUCUGUUGUUAUAGAAGGUUAAUCAGGAACAAACAUGGACCAGAAAUGUGAGGACAAGGUGUGAAUAGUGCUGUUAAAAGUACACAUAAAAGUUACGUGAAGAAUGGCUGUCAUAAGGGACGAAGAAGUAACACAAGCAGCUAAAAGAUCAAAACUCCAGUUUGCAAUUAUAUCAUAGUUCUGAUGUUUGCACCUUUCUUGUGACCAGGCUUUUUUCUGUCACUUUUAAUCUGAUUAAAACAAGACCAAGUCCUUUGUUUAAAAUCAGCUGUUCAGUCAUACACAGUUGAUGUCCUUAAGGCGUUUGUUUCUUCAGCCGUAUGGUCGAGUGUGGGGACCAUCAGAAUAACCUAAAUCUGGAACUCUGCUAAGGGAAAUGGUGCUAGCAAAAUCAAAUCAUCCGAAAAUUAAUUUUUUUUUAAAUAACACACACCGACAGUUUCAUGUCAGCUCACUAUUCCACUUCAUGAUGUUAGACACUUUUUAAAAUUAUAAAGGACAUUUGUAUGUGUUAUAAUGGUGAAAACCAACAAUCCUACCAAAUACGGUCUAAAUUGAUGAAAUUAAUAAUAUCUUAGUCUUCAGAGUCAUUUGUAUGGUGGAAUCCAUUACAGGUGGUUUUGCUUAGCUUGUCUACUAGUUUGUGUUGUACUCAAUCUACAACAUAACCGGUAUUUCAAGUGGAUCAUCAAAGUUCAUUUUUGAAAAAUGUGAAUUUACCUUAAUUAAUUAAACCUGUAACCACAAAGACUUAAAGUGGUCAUUUUUAUAGUGAUUUCCAGGCAUUUAAAAAAAAUAGUCAGUCAAAAGUUGCUUGUUUAUUUAAUUUAGUGGAGUAUACCACGCCAAUAAAUGGAAAGCUGAACUUACAGGAAGAUGUCUGACAUUUUACAGUCGAGUGAAGAAACGUUGAUUUCAACGUUGUAGUGAGACUGAAUGGCUGACUGAUCACAGCUUUAACAGGUAAAGACAGACAAAGGAUUUUUUUUUUAUAUCACUGUCUCAUUUCUACCCGAAUAAGAAUGCCAAAAUGUGUAAUGUGGAUGACGGUGUAAUCUAAUAUAAAAUGGCAACUUGUCACAGCUGAGGAGUGCUGCAGUUUAAGUGUAGUUGAUCUCUAACAUCACAAGCUCUGUAUCAAACAUCAGUAUCAUUAGUAAGGGGUAUUUUCUCAGCCUUCUUAAACAUUGUAUAUUGUAAAUUAUACAGAUUAUAAUUCUAACAUAAGACAUUUUAUUGGAAACAAAAUCGAGAGGGGGAAAAAAAAAAGAAAAAAAAUGUAGUUCAGCCUCGAUGUGUGUUUCAUGUUCUCUGUUUUUUCUACCAAGAAGAAACCCUGUUUAUUUAGUUUUAUCUGUUUGUUUUUCUGUUUUAAAGUCUUUCUGUUUCGCCCUUCCCUCUUCUGUUGAGUCCUCUAAGGCGUUGCUGUGUAGUUUUUCUUGUGGUGAUUCCCGUUCUUGUGCCGUGUGCUUCUUCUUUAGACAACACAGAGUAGAGUAGAGGCCAUGUUGCCUGUCUGUCGGAUCAGCCCGCUGGGGGUCUGGUCACCGGAUUCUCUCUCAAUGAACCGAACCGGAUAUAAGGCUCUUCUUCUAGAAACGUAACUAAAACACCAAGAUCAAAUUACAGUAUUCAUCUUUACCAAACUAUACGUAAAUAAUGAAAUAUUUAGCAUCUAAAUGAAGAAACACCAUACGAGUAUUUAAAAAGGGAUCAUUUGUGUAACUUUCCUGUAGAAUAAACAAUAUACUGUAUAUCUUUAGGUUUAAAUAACGAUGAAAUGAAAAGGACAUUCGAGUAAUUCAGAACUGUAGGUGACUCUUUUUUGAUAAACUCGCUGUACAUAACUGCCUUCCAUUCAGCUCGGCUCCAUCAUCUUUACUGUUUCAGCUGUCAAAAAGAGAAAAGAUGAAGAUGCGAAACUUUUUUCCCCCCAUUGUUGUGUCCUGUUUUCAGCUCAUUCCCAGGAAGAUAGCUUGUUUUACAACAAAGAGUAGAAAAAGGAAUCGGACAUAUGAAAGUCAGGACAAAAGUUUUUUUGUGGGUUGAUGGGAAAAGUUAAAGAAAAAAGCUUAACACAUUUAGUUUGCACUUGCUGUUUCUCUUCACCAUGCACUCAUUACGUUGUGGGACACGUUUCUGCUUUGGCCCCAGAAUUAAGAACUGCAAAGUCAAGAUUUAAACUCAAAGUCUCCUUUCAUGAACAUGUUACUAUACUCAUUGUUCCUCUUUAUACACAUGUAUAGAUUCUGCGCUACAAAUAGCAUACAUUCAGAGAUUAUAGGACUCAUCAAAGGUCUUAAACAUGAACAUAUAACAUUUUUAGAGAGAAAAUAUACAUACAAAUUAUUUCAGUGGUGCACAACAUAUAUUUGUAGGCCAAAUCCCUAAUGACAGAGUUGAAUUUCCUGUUUUGAUUGUAACAUAAAACACCAUCUCAUUGUCAGAAAGAUGGUAUUUCUUUUCGACCACUGUACAUUAAUGUACAGACUAUUUAUGAAAGAAAGGUGCUCAUUACUGACUUUUGUUUCUCUUCUGUUUCUUUUUUUAUUUAGUUGUCAGUUGUCAAACCGAUCCUAAACAAUUCAACACGAUGAAAGAUGUCACACAUCUCCCUGAGGUGAUUAAGGCUGAGCUGGAAUUUGUUUGAAGCUAAAUAACUGUUAAAUGAAUUAAAAGGAAUCAAGUUAAAUUUAUAAAUUAGCAAAUACUGACAUGUAGUUAUAGAUGUUUCUAAAUUAACUUACAUAUCAAUUUAUUAAUCAAGUAGUUUAUUUGAAAAUGAUGGUUCAUUGUAUGCCACUUAGUUUUGCUCGUAAAAAAAAAUCAUAAUAAACCUACCAGCUAAUAUCAGGAGGGAGAUUGUGUGAUUCUUUCUAAAGGUUUUGGUAUAACUCGCUGCUAAUAGCCAAGAUAUUAUUUAGAUGUUCGAGAUUAAAGUGUUUUCAUACAA